GCAGAGGACGACCUUUACGCUCCAUUUCAAGAGGAUCUCGAAGGAGCUUCAUGCGGGCAAGAGGCCCGGGACGAGGUCUGCCUCGGGAAGCUGUGCCUUGCACGGCAGAAGUUUAAGCGGAAGCUCGAAGCUUCAAGAAGAGUGGGCCAGCGGUUGCGAAGUGUCAUACGGCGGAUCGAGAGCGGGACCGAAGAGGAUAUGCACACUGUGGACCUUGGUCCUGCAGAAGCUCGGCUGCUGAAGGUCUUGACGCAAGGCUGGGCGAGUUUGGCUUGCACGGAGAUGUGCGAGCUCUACGUUCCGGUGUUCUACAUGAUGUUCUCAUCUCUUCUUCGGGCAGCAGAACACAACCGGACCUAUUUCCGUAUCUUCCGGCUGGAAACCGCCUCAGAGUUUCACGAUGGCCUACAGGGCAACUGCCUCGCCGUAGCGAUCGAGGUUGUCGUGUUCCUCGCCUUGCAGAUGUGGCUCUACCGCAUGUUCGGUAUCAACCUCUGGGAGUUUACAGGGACCUUGGUUCGCCUGGACUACUCCUUCUACGCCUUCGCAACGUCCUGCUGCUUCAUCGCCUUCUUGGCCAUGACGAUCGAGCACUUCGGCACCUGGGGACUCAUGGAUGUGGUCACGGAGCAGUGA